AACAUAAAGUUUCCUAGCCGUGAUAGAACUGAAAUGUAAGCAGAUAUUUCCCAUCCCUGAUUUUCUCGACCAAUCGUCACUUCCUGAGAAAUUUAUCCUUUUCCGUAAACUUGAUUCCUCAAGUCGAAUCAUGGGUCGAGUCAUUCGUGCUCAGCGUAAGGGAGCUGGAUCUGUUUUCCGCUCUCACACUAAAAAAAGGAAAGGAGCAGCCAAACUCCGCUCAUUGGACUUUUCUGAAAGACAUGGAUACAUUAAAGGAGUUGUAAAGGAUAUUAUUCACGACCCUGGCAGAGGAGCUCCUUUGGCAGUGGUACAUUUUAGAGACCCUUACAAGUUUAAAACGCGUAAGGAACUUUUCAUUGCUCCAGAAGGAAUGUACACUGGCCAAUUUUUAUACUGUGGAAAGAAAGCAAGUCUUCAAAUUGGAAAUGUAAUGCCCGUCGGACAAAUGCCUGAGGGAGCAAUCGUUUGUAAUCUGGAAGAAAAGACUGGUGACCGAGGUCGAUUGGCUCGCGCCUCCGGAAAUUACGCUACGGUUAUCUCACAUAACCACGACACGAAGAAAACCAGAGUUAAACUGCCGUCUGGUGCCAAGAAAGUCAUUCCAUCCAACAACCGAGCUAUGGUUGGAAUUGUAGCGGGAGGUGGACGUAUCGACAAACCAAUUUUGAAAGCAGGAAGAGCCUACCACAAAUACAAAGUCAAGAGGAACUGUUGGCCAAAGGUUCGUGGUGUUGCUAUGAACCCCGUUGAACAUCCUCACGGUGGUGGUAAUCACCAACAUAUUGGAAAGGCCUCUACUGUUAAGCGAGGAACAAGUGCCGGUCGGAAGAUUGGUCUCAUUGCCGCCCGUCGUACGGGAAGAAUUCGAGGAGGCAAGACCGACACCAAGAAAGAUGAUUAAUCUAAUAAUAGAUUUAAAGUUCAAUAAAAUAAACGUCUACAAAAUC